AUGACCCGAAAGAAGAGGGCCUGCGAUUCCUGUCAUCGAAGGAAGGAGCUAGGAAGCGAACCCCCAAACCAAGCCAGACGCAUCGAGCGCAUCGAGCUUGCUCUCGAUGCUGCUCAGAAGAACUUGGCAGCGAGGAUACUCGAGUCGAGGGAGGCUGACGGUUCGGAAACUACCUCACCCAGCGCCUCGUCGUAUCAUCCGAACGGUCAGACAGGGGAUUCGGCCACCGCGAGCAACAAUGGUGCCACCCCUAACGGUCAUAAGUACACUGGCGAGGGCCUUUCGCCUGCCACAACAACAAGAAAAGCACGCUCUGCCGGCCGGCCAAAGAGCAGCAACUUUGGUACCCUUCACUUUGCUGGCUUUCACGUAGGAGAGAUUAGCUCCUGCAAUGGCAUCCCCUUCUUUUCUCCCAACGGCCAAAACUGGAUCCGAUCUCGCACGGGUCAAGACCCUACCUUUGAGAAGCUGCUCGCUACUGGCCCCCCUUGGCACAGCACCAAGGAAAACCACGCUCCCUUGAGGCCCGAAGAUCAUGCCUGUACAACGACGUGGGAGUUACCGGAUAAGACGCUCGUCGAGAGCUGCGUCCAUGCGUACUGCUCUUCCUCGUUCGGCCAUGCCUUUCCUAUUGUUCAGCCAGAGGAGUUCCAGCUCACUCUCGAUCUUGCAUACGAAGACGAGGGAAGUCCUCUGACUAUAGAAGCAACCAGCGCCAAGGCAUGUCUGUUUGCUUUCAUGACGUUUGUUCACCAGAGCCGCAUGGAACAUGUUGGCGAGAUCGGUAUUGACGGCCAGUUAUACAUGAGAAAAGCCUGGCAGCUCAUUCCUCAGAUCAUGCAUCAGUGCAUGUCUAGCAUGUUUAUGGGCGACUUUCAACGAGGGUCGGUUGUCCACGCUCUCGCAUGUCGUAUACUCUUUAUGCUCGGUGGUCAUGCGCAGCCCAGCCAACGUUCAACAACCAACAAUGCGUUCUACCGCGCGGAACGCAAUACAUGGCUUGAAAGCCAUCUCAGGCAGAUGUUUUGGAUGUCGUACACCCUUGAUAAAGAGGUUUCUGUUCGCACGGGACUGCCUCCGUCGAUUGAGGAUGAUUUCUGCGAUCUCACCCUUCCACAGGCCCAUCGAGAUCCACUGCUCAUGGUCAGAGACGGUUCCGGGUUCCUCAGUGACACGAAUUCUGCCCCGCGUGCCUGGCUGGGAACGUUCCCCACUACACUGCCGGGUGAUCUAACUCUGACCAUCAUCAAGUCAAAAACCUACAGAGUAUUAUAUUCAACGGCGGCCCUUAGAAAGUCAGAUGCUGAGCUCCUCCGCGACAUUCGCGAGCUUGACGAAGAGCUUGAGAGGUGGCGGUGUUCUGUUCCACUACCCUUCCGACCGGCCCUCGCCUUCUCCGACGAUACAGCCUCCUCCAUUGACAAGGAUAUGGACAGCCACAUCAUAAUGAAGAAAAGUAUCAUCCACUUCGAGUAUCAUUACCUCUCAGCCGCCAUUCAUAGGGCAAGUGGGCGAUGUUCUGUUUGGGCAGGGGGUGAAGGAGUCAGUUCGAGUGUCGCCAUCACCGUGCAAGCCAGCCGUUCGACACUGGUCUAUCUCCGUGCUGCAGUUGAUGGCAUUGUCGAGACUGCAUUUUGGUAUGAGAUGGCUCAUGACCCAGUCCGUGACUGA